GCUCGAGUCACCGCGCGCCGGUGGGCUGCAGAAGCAGACAUGUCGACUGUCCUGCAGAGCAUCGAGCGGCUGUCCAGUCUGGUGGUGCGCGUCCUGGGCUGUAACCCGGGACCCAUGACCCUGCAGGGCACCAACACCUACUUGAUAGGGAUCGGCACCAGGAGAAUCCUCAUUGACACUGGAGAACCAGCAAUUCCAGAAUAUAUCAGCUGUUUAAAGCAGGCUCUGACUGAAUUUAACGCAACAAUCCAGGAAAUCAUAGUGACUUAUUGGCACCGUGAUCAUACCGGGGGCAUAGGAGAUAUUUGUAAAAACAUCAAUAAUGACACUGCAUAUUGCAUUAAAAAACUCCCACGGAAUCCUCCAAGAGAAGAAAUUAUAGGAGAUGGAAAGCAACAGUAUGUUUAUCUGGAAGAUGGAGAUGUGAUUAAAACUGAAGGUGCCACUCUCAGAGUUAUACACACACCUGGCCACACUGAUGAUCAUAUGGCUCUACUUUUAGAAGAGGAGAAUGCAAUCUUUUCUGGAGAUUGCAUCCUAGGGGAAGGAACAACUAUAUUUGAAGACCUCUAUGAUUAUAUGAACUCCCUAAAAGAGCUAUUGAAACUCAAAGCUGAUAUUAUAUAUCCAGGACAUGGCCCAGUAAUUCAUAAUGCUGAAGCUAAAAUUCUAGAAUACAUUGCUCACAGAAAUAUCCGAGAACAGCAAAUUCUUACAUUGUUUCGUGAUAAUUUUGAAAAAUCAUUUACAGCAAUGGAGCUUGUAAAAAACAUUUACAAGAAUACUCCUGAGCAUUUAUAUAAAAUGGCUGAACAUAAUGUCUUGCUGCAUUUGAAAAAAUUAAAAAAAGAAGGAAAAAUAUUUAGCAACACGGAUCCUGAGAAGAAAUGGAAAGCUAAUCUUUAGUUUCAGAUUAAUGAAAGCUUUUGUUGGUUUGUUUUAUUUUUAAAGAAUGGUAUGUUUUCUUAACUAUAAUUAUUUACAGGGAAUAUAGAGUAUAGAACAUUGAAAAUAAUCCUAAAUAUACUUUAAAAUAAUGUCUUAUUCCUUCUAAAAUAUAUAUUACAUUUUACAUGUAUAAUAUAGCUUGCUUAUCUAAUCUGAGUGUUAUAACAUUUUACCAAAAAUUCAGAAUCCAACAGUUUAUCCAUGUUCAACAGAUUUAUGGUUACUUUAAAAAUAAUAAAAUUUAUAUAA